AUGGCUCCUCUACAUACUGUUGCCAUCUUGCCGGUGUUGGCUCUCACCCUAUUGUGUGCACGUUCUGAGCUGGACACAGCGGUAAUGGAGAAAGGCAAGACGGAGCUGCAGAAACUCCAGGACUUUGCACGGCACCCUCGCUACGGAGACUGCUGGACCCGGGCCUUGCAGACUGUGGAUGUUGGGUGCAAGCAACUGGAUGAAGAACAACAAAGCCGCAUAGCUCUGGCAUUCACACACUGCCACUUGGAGAGGUGACUACGUGUAUUUUGGCAGUGUCAAGGGCUGGGGUUGUUCCACCUUCAGCACUCCACGUGUUGUGGACUGCAUCUCUCAUAAUGCUCUUACAGCCAUAAUGCUAGCAAAGCAUCAAGGGAGAUGUAGUCCAUAACAUCUGGAGUUCUGAAAAACUCAUUUUUUUUAAAGUAUUAAUAAUUGAGGACUUUGUGUUUUUUUUACAUGAUAAAAACCAUACUAGAGAGAAAAAUAUGAAAGUAAAUGUCUCCGAAUCGUAGGAUAACCUGUAGUUCUCAAACUGGUUUGGGGUUUUCAUCAAACCUCAUUAGAUACGUUUUUGUUUUUAUUUUAUUUUGUACUGAUAUAAAGUUUUACCUUUUUUGAGAUCUGGUCGGGACUACCCUGUCUGUACAGAAAAAAACUCCAUACGGCAGUGCACACGUGGUAUGGACUCAGUGGCCUUCAAUACGUACACAGAAUUCUUCACUCAUGCUCACAGUAUCUGUUACUAUCUGCAGAAUGAAAUGUGGCAGGAGCAGGCCCAGGAUACCAUUCUAAGGUAAAUGACGACGUAUAGUACAGAAUUCAAAAUACUACUUUGGCAAUUUAACUAUGUCCUGACAAUGCUGAAGAAAUAGUUUCUGCCCUUCUUAAAGGAGCACUAUAGUGUCAGGAAAACAAACUUGUUUUACGGGCACGUUAGGGGUCAUUAGGUCCCCCCCCAUUCUCAGGGCCCCUCUAUUGCUGGGCUGAAGGGGUUAAAACCCCUUUAGCCACUUACCUUUCUCCAGCGCCCGGCUCCCUCUGUGCUGGGGACCUCUCCACCCCUUGCCGACGUCAGAUCCGAAUGCGCAGCAAGAGCCGCGCGUGCAUUCAAACAGCACAUAUGAAAGUAUUACUCAAUGCUUUCCUAUGGACGUCCAGCGUCAGUGAGAAUCGCGGAAGUGAGACAGCCUUUAGAGGCUGGAUUAACCCUCAGUGAAACAUAGCAGUUUCUCUGAAACUGCUAUGUUUUCAGCUGCAAGGUUAAAACUAGAGGGACCUGGCACCCAGACCACUUCAUUGAGCUGAAGUGGUCUGGGUGCCUAUAGUGGUCCUUUAAUCACUUCUCACGUGAUCUGUGAAUAAAAUCAACAUUUAAUGGUAGUCCACUAGCCCAUGCCUCCCAACUGUCAGAUUUUGGGUUCCUAUCCCAUCUCCAUUCCCUGGUUUUGUGCUUUUGGGUAGACCAGGGACUGUUCCCAACAAACAUAGCAUAGCUCGAGCUAUGUUCAGGGCACUAUGCUCUUGCAGGGAACACUAAUUCAGCUACAUUUCAGCUCAGAGUUUGAAAAUUCGUACUAUCGACCCAAAUUUAUAAUGAAAUGAAUCUCCAAGUUUCGAAGAGAUGACUGAUCCAUUCGUAGAUUCCUCUGUGGCACAUCUGGUAAAUAGGAUGUACUGAGCUUCACUACGUUAUGAUGUUUGAGUGGAAUUCUUAGACCACUUUACAACACAUAUCUUGAUGUUCUUACGCUAGUUUGUUGGGUGGGGUGCGUGUGUUCUGAAAAUUGGGAGUGGAGGGUGGGAUACCUGCUGCUCCGAUCACAAUGCGACUACUGGCUAGAUGAGGUGGGUACUUUAAAUAGCUGGACUAGCCCCUCCCACAAAACCAGGCUCCUGCCUAAUAUUGAUUUAUUUAAAUUUUUCUCUGCAGAUUAACUGCGCACUCUGACAGUGUAGCCAAGCAGCUAGAGGCCACCAACCUAUUAGCAGAAGAGAUGAUGCAAGCCCAGAAUGCAACACUUCAGUCUCAGGAGGAGAUCCUACGAAACGGACACCUUCUCAAACAGACACUACAGGAGUCCACGCUGGGUAAGAGCAAGUAAAAUUAGCAGAAAACUCGUCCUUUUCAAUGAACCAUGUAGAUUCACACAUUAUGGUCUAAUUUCAGGGAUGAAGCAAGCUUUCCAAGAGAUGGAGCAGUCUGCCACUGAACAGCGUUUGUUAUUCUCUGAAAUCUUUAACCGGAUCACCUUCCUCCACCAGUUUGUUGUCGGAGAAUCCAACUCGCUCUACUCCUUCCUCUACAACCUUUUGGCUUGUGUUGCUGUCUUUCUGCUCACCUCCACACAGAGAACCUCUGGAGCCAGGUAAGUACCUUCCACUGCUUUACACUUCCUUAGGCUGCCUGUCUACUGAAAUAAACCAGCUGGUAAGAUGGUUCACUUGGUUAGUACACCAACUGUAAUAUUCGUCAUGCAUAGUCAAACUUCAAGGGUGAAAGUUUGAUUCCUGGCAUGACUCACACAGUUUCUCAUACAUAUAAGAUAGAUCACAAAAAGACAUAUCCUUUAGUUAUAUCGACACAUGAACACCCCAGAUGAGUUAAAACCCGCUUGAGAUCUGAGCGGGGACCCACCAAAGGGCAGGCUAUUUCAGCUGCUGCCUGUUCUUAGUAUUCUCUUGCGCCAUGUUUUUUGCUCUCCACAAGUUUAAAGGUAAUCCAGACGUGAACCCUUUGCUCACGGUGCCUAGAGAGAUAUCAGCUAUGCCUCACUGAUGAUGCCUAACAAGGCUGGGGUUGCUGUGUCUCUCGUGCAGAGGGUACGUGCUGGCAUUUCGGAUCUGGACUCUCCGUAUGGGUGGGACCAGUCUGAUAUGUUUCAGAGAUGUUCUCUCUGUAAUGGCAUGAGCUCACCCCAGGAUCUAAAUUCAAAUCAGGCAUAUCUAAAGGUAUCUUUUCUGGGAAUACUGGAGUAUUCAUUGUUAAAUGCUGACUAUAUACAAAAUGCUAUAUAUAUAUAUAUAUAUAUAUAUAUUCUCAUAGAAUGGCAAGGUGCUAUGAAUUCUAUAGUGUCUUGAUAGAAUAUUCUACAGAAUGCCAUGAAAGUAAAAGUGGAAGGCAACGUUUGUAAUAAGACAAGAAUAAAAAAAUACCAUUCAUAUUUAAAUUCAAAAGAAUGAUUUGUAUUGCAGCAAUUCAAAUAUUUGUGUUGUUUUUAGUAGUGUUUUUGAACUACUGUUCAUACUGUAAAAUAUUGCCAUCGUAACUGCAAUAUCUAUAAAAACUAAUAAUGCAUUUUUCUAAAUCUUGUGGAAUACUGUCUGUUGGAACAAUGUAUUUACAGAUUGAUCCUGUUUGGCUUAGUAGCUGCUAAUGUAUAUUCAGAGAGAAUGAUCUGUUCGUAUAUCCUUGGAGGUACUGACUCUGGCUUUGACCAGACGGUGAGUGACUUGUACUAAUUCCAACAAAUCUAUUGGCAUGGUGAGGACUAUUGAUAGUUGUGUAUUUAAAUAAAACUUCAUGUGUCAUUAUUUUAUUUUUCCUUUUCGUCUCCUCUGUAUUGAUGGCUGGAGAUACAUCCUAGUCUUCAGUAACGAAUCAUGUCAAGAUAUUUGGGCAUUUCUGCAAAAUGCCCCAUUUUAUUGACGUACUUCCCUCAGACAUACCUAUUCUUCUGUAACAUUUCUGGUGUCCCCCGUUGGCUUUGCAUUGGGCUGUAAGGUUUUGAGCACCCAAAAGACUAGCGUGCAUAUUGUCCAGUUUUUAGGGUUGUCAUUGGAUAUGAGCAUCAGUGGGUGGGGUCAGCCUUUUUUACAUAGGUAGUUGUUGUUGUUUUACAGAUGUGUCUAUAGAUCUUGAACAGACCUUAAAGCCUUAUGCAUUGAGUAUAUUGAAUUAAGUGGGCAAAGCCCAACACAUUAAGGGACAGAAACCAAUUCCGGGGAGUAGAGUAGAGUCUUGUUCCAUCCCCACCAUUUCAAACUUAACCUGCCGCCACUUGUUCUCUUCUUUCCAGGAGAGCAUAGCUUUCUGGGUUGGGAUAUCGCGCAGAAUCUCCACAUCCAUUGGACUUUUAGUCCUUCUCUACUUCACUGUAACCCAUCGAGAUGUGCAGAGACAGAGCCUGGAGGUGCUGCAUGGUCUGCAGGAAACAAAAGCGGAGUUACAGAGCAUUAUACGAGAAGCAGGUACUGAUCUUUUAAGAAUGGACAGAAAUGUAGCCAAUCCCAUCAGGCAUGAGAGGGCAAGCAGGGGAGCAUUUGCCUCUUCAUCUACUGGCAUAAAAGGGCUGGCAAUUGGGUUGUGGGUAGAAGCCUCAAACCUUUCUUCUUCUAAAAAUGAAGAUACUGGAAGAUUUUUCUUCGAUGUCUGCUUACAACAUAUUACAGGAGUAAGUUGCAGAACUGUAUAAGCAGACCGGAAUUGUGUUGUUUUUUUUUUUUUGUUUUUUUUAAGCAGAGCACUGUUUACAUUUACACAAAGGCUGAUGCCCUGUGUUCUUGAUGUCCUCUAUUCUAGGGCUGGUCCACUGGGGUAGUUCCAGGUGGGCUGCAGUAUAUGUGGCUGACCAGGCUACAAGUCUGGUCCUCUCAAAUGAAUAACAUGUGCAAAAACUAUAUUCAAAAAGAAGUGCCUCACUUUAACUAGGCCAUUGGACUUAGGACAGCCAAUUUCCUCUGACCUCCGCAUGCUGCAAUCGGAUUUACAAGUUAUAAGGCACAGCCAAGGAGCGUUACAGUAUUUUUUUAUAUAGACUUGCAAUUCAUCUGAAUUUUGGGUGACUGGCAAUUCAACUGAAAUCCCGAACUGAAAUAUCAUCUGUCCAAAUAACAAAAUAAAAAAUGGACAAGCCAUUUUGUUUUGUAAUUAGGAGUUCCGUCCCAAGCCCCUCCAAAAAGAUUGAUUGAGUGAUUGUUUAGGAUACAGCCACUAAAUAUGAAUUUUUAUUAACAGAUCAAGUUAGAAGUGACAAAUAGAGGUUGGGAUAAAAAUAAAGAGCAGAUAGAAAUGUAUAAUAUUGUGUUUAUCUAACUUUUUGGUAUUUCCUAUUUUGUAUUUAUUUAAAUUUUUUUUGUAUUUCGGAACCAAACCAGGAAGCUUAAACUCGGAGUCCAUUGUUAUCGAAUUACAGGUGGUCCUCGUUUUGCAACCUACCUGUUUUACAACGGCUCGCACUUACGACCAGCUCUCUCGCGGGGUGGUAAAUGUGAGCCGUUAUGGGAUUCCCUGAUCUGCUGCGUUCGUCUAUGUUCGGGGACAUUUCCCCGAACAUAGACAAACGCAACAAAGCAGGGAAUCCCUUAGCUCCUCACUGACCAACCAAUUCGUUCAACGACGAGGUCAUAGGAACGGAACCCGGUUGGUAAGUGAGGAGUACCUCUACAAACAAAAUAGGAAAGAAACACCCACAGAGUUGUUGUGGUUUUUUUUUUUUGUUUUUUUUUAUUAUGAAACAAAUGAUCUAACACUUAUUUUUAUUUUAACAAACUUGUGCCAAAUAUUUGCUAUACUACUCUUUCAUUUUUUUGUUCCAUGAGUGACCAUUUUAUGUAUAUCUUUUCCCCCUUGUAUAUAUAAAAUAACACCACCCGUGACAUUGAUCAUUAUAAAGACCUCUGUAAAGAUCAUUGUGUGGAUAUUCUUUGAGACCUUAAGGCAUGUUUCCAAUCUUUAAAUACGUUUAUGGCCUCUUGAUAUUCUUAGUUGUAACUUUUUUUUUUUUUUUUUUGUGUGUGUGUAACCUUUGCUGUAGAACAUAUUCUAAAAAACCCAAAACUCUCGGAGGACCAAGUUCUACUGACAAAUGAUCUGAUGUUUGGAGAUUCUGGAAUUCCUGACCCAUCCUUUCUUUUGGAAAAUACCCGAGAAAAGUACCUGCUAGACUCUCGGCAUAGCGAACAUCUGGGUAAGUUGAAUUCUCACGAUGUUUUAAGAAUGUUUCCAGAGUAUCUGAAAUGGCAUUUGUUGUCCAACAUUUGAUAUUUAAUUUUAAACAAAGUUGCCUUAUAAUGAAUUAUAAUUUUGCAUCAUUCUGUUCCACAGAGUGUUUUUGUAUAUGAAGAUCCUCGUCACUUUUUCCAUGAUGGUUAUAUUUGCAUAAUGAUCUAACAGGAGACCUUCUCACUUUACAAAAUCGACUUGCAUCUAAAUCUCGUUACUCUGCCACAACAUAUUUUCAAUCCUCCUCUUUAUACAGUCUAUUAAAGGCCAGGAUUCCUAGGUUCUUCGUUUUCACAGAUUGCUGUGAGUGGAUGCAAUCCACCUGAAUAUUAAACAUGGAGAGUCGUUGUGGACCAAACUGCAAUUUGGCCAAAACUACGGCAAUUUCGGGAUCAGCAGAUUUCCUAAAUUCCAAAUCAAAAUAUACUUGAGUAACUAUUAUGGAGUAACUGAAACGCAAACGCUCAUUGCCAAAUAUGUUCAGAGGGAGUAAGUGGCCAAUUUUCAAAAUUCCACUUGUCAUAAAAUAAAUAAAAAUUGAUGGCUAGGGGACGUCCCUAGGUCUUGUUUUUAUUUAUAGAUGAAGUGUGAAAUGGGCUAGGGGGAGCAGAAAAAUAAUUAAUAAUAAAAAAAAUCUAAAUUUAAAAAAUCUAUAGUAUAGUUGUGGGUGGAGCUGUUUUUUACUACUCCUACUGUUUUUCCAUGUAUAUAUUAUUAUUUUUUCCCUCUGUUGAUCUGUGAGCCAAAUGCUCUAUCGGUGUAUAUUCUGUAAAUAUGUGUGUGUUCUGAAGCACACUGGUCCAUUUUUGCAGCUUUUUGGUUUGCUAGUAAGAUUUGAUUUCCCAUUAGAUUUUCACAAAUGAUCUAUAUUCCUUACAACAUGGAACAAAUCUCACUAUUUUAUCGUGCUUUGUUCCUGCAGACCUUUAUCAUAGACCAAGUGUUUUAAAGAGCUUGCACUCUAACAUUCAAUCCAGAAGAAUCCAUAUUUAUUAUCCCUGCCAGGAUUAUUUUAUUGCUAAUAGAUGGUAAAUAUAUUUUAUUAAUACGGCUAUCGCACAUUGCCUAUUUUAAAUGUAAACCACAAACCCCCAUGGAAGGUGGGGGGGGAAUUUUUAUCAUUAAUAACAGGUCACAGGACCUAAACAACACAAAUAUUUAAUGUUCUAGAUUUUUUUUUUUUUUGUCCAGCAGCACAGAUUACUAGCACUCCAAAGAGGAGGGGUCGUUCAAGGUCACGCAGCGCUAGUCGCAGGACAAGUACAAGACCCUCCGAGCCAGCUGUAUAUAAUAUUGCUGUGACUCAGCCAGGGGUAAGUGUGACCCCUGUUACUAACGUAUGUUUUGUUUUUUGCCUAACACUUCCUUGUUGGUGCUGGGUAUAUUGUCAAAUCCAAUGCAUCUUAGAGAGAGGCCUUGAGGACCAAUCUCCAGUCUAAAGUUUUCUCCUAGAGAUGGGUAGUUUUGAGAUUAAGAUUUGUAUAGAUUUAUAAAAAAUUAUAUACUGUUUGGGCUGUUUCGGUUCAUGCGCUAUAUAAAGUUAUUCUGGACUGAAAUUCCUAUUGGGCACAGCCAGAUACUGGAUAAAGAUAACUGGAGUUAUAUUCAACAUAAGCUGUUGAACAAGUGGUUGUCCCCACUGUCACAUUACAUCAGAUGUUUUUCACUCCCACUAGCCUCAGCCAGAAUCUCACUGAGCAUGAUAAGAGCUGUGAUCCAAUAGGUGGCUGGACACUCAAUUUGACGGGCCAUAAAUUCCAACAGAGAGACUUCUGUUACCUUUGUUUAAUCCUCCGCACCUGGCAAAGCAAAACCAGAACCAUUUUUAUUAAUCAGGGAUUUUAAAGACGACUGUGUAACUUGCCCAUGCUGUCCCAGGUUCCUGGGGUUGGCAUGCUAUGUAGUUAUCUCCAUUUGUUUCAUGAUCCAAGGGCAUCUUCAAUCUUUCUUCUUUAGAGGACCAGAACAACGCGGCAAAGAAGGAGCCGUUCUCGAUCUCGCAGCACAAGCCGUAGGAAAAGCAUUCGGCCUUCUGAACCUGCUGUAUUCAAGAUCCCUGUGGAUCCGCCCGCAGUAAUUGGAACCAGUUCAAACGGUGUAAGUGUCAUACUGAUUAACCAACUCCUGUAUCUUAAAAUAUAUUAAACUCUGUUAUUCACUUAACUGAGUUUAAAAGAACACUUUUUAGUGUUUAGAAUACAGCUUUGUAUUCCUAAAACUAAAGUAGUCAUCUGCCGUACCCUGCAACACUCAAAGGGUUAAAUAACCCCUAAAUUCACUCACCUUAUUCCAACAUCAAAGCAAGCCUCCUCAGAAGUCUUCCCCAAGGGAGAACAUAGUGUGCAUGCAUUAUGGCUUCACCAUAGGAAAGCUUUGAAUCAAUGCUUUCCCAUGGGGGAUUUGGAGAUGAGGAUGUCCUAAUCAACAGCUUGAGGAUGUCCAACAUCAUUUUGUGAACUUAAACUCCAUGAAACAGCACUACAGGCAGUCUUAACCCUGCAAUAUAAGCCUUGCAGUUUCUCUAGAAUUGCAGGGUUUAGGGGACAGGGACACUGCAUCCAAUGAGAUUAAGGGGUCUGGGUGCCUAUAGUGUCCCUUUAACCCCUUAAAGGACCACUCUAGGCACCGAGAUUAAGGGGUCUGGGUGCCUAUAGUGUCCCUUUAACCCCUUAAAGGACCACUUCAGCUUAAUGAAGUGGUCUGUGUGCCUGGUCCAGCUAGGGAUAACCCAUUCUUUUAUAAACAUAGCAGUUUCAGAGAAACUGCUAUGUUUAUGAAUGGGUUAAGCCUUCCCCCAAAGCCUCUGGUGGCUGUCUCAUUGACACCCGCUAGAGGCGCUUGCGUGAUUCUCACUGUGAAAAUCACAGUGAGAGCACGCAAGCGUCUAUAGGAAAGCAUUGUAAAUGCUUUCCUAUGCGACUGGCUGAAUGCUCUUGCCGCGCGUGUGCAUUCAGCCGACGGGGAGGAACGGAGGAGGAGAGCUCCCCGCCCAGCGCUGGAAAAGGGUAAGUUUUUACCCCUUUUCCCCCUUCCAGAGCCGGGCGGGAGGGGGUUCCUGAGGGUGGGGGCACCCUCAGGGCACUAUAGUGCCAGGAAAACAAGUGUUUUCCUGGCACUAUAGUGGUCCUUUAAGGACCAAACUUCUGGAAUAAAAGGGAAUCAUGACCUGUCACACGUCAUGUGUCCUUAAGGGGUUAAAGCCGUUGGAGAAUUUUAAAGGUUGCUAGUUUUGUCAAAAUGUCGCAAUUUCAGUUAACUAGUAGUUGGAGAAUAGCUAUGAUGCAGACUGAAACCCCCCCCCCAUAAAUUAACUGCAGUAUUUACCUAAUUAUAAAUGCCGAAAAAUGUAAUGUGGGUCCAAGUUUGAACUUUGUUUUCUAUACAAGUGUAUUUUCAGUUGUAGGUAUACCAUACACAAUGCAGAAUCAAGGAACAAGUCACCUUCUGUGUAAGCUGAAGUCUCAUCAACUGAAACAAAUACAAGUUAAAUAUUCCAAGAAAAAUGUAUUCACUGUUCAGAUACCACCGUCCCCCCCACCACUGUAUGGACCAUCUCAAUGCAGAUAUUUAAACAUAUGUUGCUAUGGACUGAGACCCUUAAUGCAUCAGCUCUAUCUUGUCAUUUUUAGUAUAUUCUAUUAAAGUGUUUCUAUUGAACAUUUUUGUGUUUUACCUGUGGGCUUAACCAUAAAUUCCACAUUAAGCAUAGCUGGAGAGUUUUUAUAUAACGCUAUAAGACCAUGAAAGUCAUACACUGAUUGUACUCAUCUGUUAUGAUCUUACACUAUAACGGCCAUGAAACAUAACACAUGCCCCCUUUUUUUACGUACUCUACUUCCAUAUACGCUGAAAAUUCAAUGUACACUUAAUCCCCACCCCUUACCCAAUAUACACUUUAGACCAAGAGCUAUAAAAGGCACGAGACACAUUUUAAACACAAACUGUAAAUACAAGCUGCUAAAUUUAAUGUUCCCAUACAAAGUGAGGGGAAAAGAAAACUGAAUUGUAAAAAAAAAAUGCACGUUUUGGCCAUUAGAUAAUACCGGUGCUUUUGCGUUCCCAGUUUUUUUGUUUAAUUCUAUUUUGGCAUUAAAAUGAAACUGUCCAAGCAGCUUGUUGGCUUUAAGUACUUGUAUUACAGCAAGUUCUCAGUCUUGAUAUAACUUAACACAGCAAUGAGUAUGUACACAGAUUAAGGGAGCGGAGUGCGUAGAGUCUCUCUUUCCAAUUCGGCCUUUUCGUAGAACCAUUCUUGUGAAGCAGCACUGAGCCUGCUGGGACGCUGAUUAUUCAGUCAUCACACAGCCCGAAAUUCAUGGCCAUAGUCAGGGAGUCUGAGAGCUUGGUAGCGAUUUUGUCUGCAGAAAGAUGUUAAACAACCUUAAUUAGUGCCUUAAAAUAGAAUAAAAAAAAAUGUUUUCCCCCAACGUUACUGGCCUUGCUUAGCAAAACCCUGCAGAUGCACAUAACUCACAGUUCACUAAAUUUUGAAUUCUAGCAAAUUUAAUCAGAAUGGUGAAUCUAAACAAGCAGAUUUGGGAAACGUUUACUGAAUAACCCUGUCAGUGUAUACUCACUGUAAUCUUUGCUAAAUUCAUUAUAGUGCGGACCCAUUUAAAUAACUUUAUACUUAACACAAUGAAGACAUCCAGAGGCAACUGGUGGGUACUGCAAUCCUUUUUAAUAAACUAACUCUAUUGCAUCUUUACAUCACUCCUUUCAGUGUUGUAUCCACAAACUAGGACAACAAGCUUGUUAAACUUACUUGCUCGCUUCUGCAGCUUUUUCCGCCUCUUGCCAGCGGCACGCAGGGCUUGUCCUUGCUGCAGGGGGUCCACCGCUCUGAUUUCGUUAAGGUUGGGGGCUUUGGGGAUCUGUUCAGGUUCAGUCUUUGACUUAGUUUUGGUGCUUUUAAUUUCAACAGUCAUAGGGCCAAACUGGAAGACAGAGCACAAUAAAUCCACUGCUGUGCCAUGAAUAAGGACUAACUGAAUACCGAUACAACACUUAAACAGGAAACCUUUUAUGAGACCACUAUCCAAUUAUAUUGGAUUAUUGGAUCCGCGUACACUAUUAGCAUUUAUAUCUAUCACAGCCUUAAAAGCGGUUUUCAAGUGCGUUUCUUUUAUAUACGAAAUGAGUGUAGUCCCUGAGCAUUUAUUUUAGGGGUAGUGACAAACAGAUGGCACUGAAUUAUGUCCCUAUGUAUAUAACAGAGCGAGGAUGGCCAAAUAGUCCAUCAUGGUCUAGGGUGGAGGGCUGCCUAAUUGUGCAGUAGGCUAUUUGCUUUUCUAAUUUAUUGUUAAUAUUAUUUGCAACAUCCUACAGCAGUCUACUCCCUGAUGGUUUUACAGAACACAUAUCAUGCAAGGUACGUUUCUUAUGUUUUAAAGUGCAUAAAUGUUGAACAGAUUCAAAAUGUAACUUUUUUUGUAAAAUUCCAAUGUUCCCAAAGAAAAAGCCAGCUUGUACAAGGUCAUACCUCGGGAUCUACGUCCUCUUCCAUAGAAUUAGGAGCUUCUUCCUCCUCGCUGGAUUCAUCUAGUUCGACGUCAUCCACCUCUUGAGCUGCUGUGGUUAGACCUGAUGCUUCCAUGGCAAUGCCUUGAGGGGCAGCCUGUAUCUCUGGAGGGGAUCACAGAAUUACAAACAAAUAUUCUGAAAUGUCAACCUUUCCAAGUGGGGUUGGCAACUAAGAAAAUAUUAUCCUCCUCUAGACUGUAAGCUUGUUUGAGCAGGGUCCUCAUCAACCUAUUGUUCCUCUAGCAUUUUGUAAUGGUCUCAUUUAUUGUUAAACUUCUCCCUUUUAUAAUAUUGUAAAGCACAGCGGAAUAAGUUCUCGCUAUGUAAACGCUGAUAAUAUUGAUCAAUAUAGUCAUGUUCUUAAAGGAUCACUCUAGGCACCCAGACCACUUCAGCUUAAUGAAGUGGUCUGGGUGCCUGGUCCAGCUAGGGUUAACCCAUUCUUUUAUAAACAUAGCAGUUUCAGAGAAAAUGCUAUGUUUAUGAAUGAGUUAAGCCUUCCCCCAAUUCCUCUAGCGGCUGUCUCAUUGACAGCCGCUAGAGGCGCUUGCGUGCUUCUCACUGUGAUUUUCACAGUGAGAGCACGCCAGCGUCCAUAGGAAAGCAUUGCAAAUGCUUUCCUAUGCAACCGGCUGAAUGCGCGCGCAGCCGACGGGGAGGAACGGAGGAGGAUCGGAAGAGGAGAGCUCCCUGCCCGGUGCUGGAGAAAGGUAAGUUUUUACCCCUUCCAGAGCCGGGCAGGAGGGGGACCCUGAGGGUGGGGGCACCCUCAGGGCACUAUAGUGCCAGGAAUACGAGUGUUUUCCUGGCACUAUAGUGGUCCUUUAACCCCUUAAGGACGCAUGACAUGUGUAACAUGUCAUGAUUCCCUUUUAUUCCAGAAGUUUUGUCCUUAAGGGGUUAAGACUUGCGAUCAGGACCCAAAAAGCAAAACAAAAACACUAUUUUAUGAUAUUCCUACUUUACUUCAGGUGAGUUCAGCUGUAGCUCAGAUAUUAACAAAUGCCACUAAACAGGGUUAGCAGACAGGAAUGAGAAAUGCUGCAGACUUCUGAUUAUAGGGAGACUGUAGAAACUGUAUUUAUUUCAUCUCAUGAAUUGAUUAUAGUGCACGGAGUCCCUUGAUGCAGUGUUUGCAUUCAGUGUUAAACCAUUUUCGAGCAGUUUAACACUAAAGGGUCCCUGGCCAUCUGCAGCCCGGCUUCUACUGGAGGUGUGGCUAAGGCAGAGAGUACACAUUUAUUUCUAGCCAUACCGAUUCAUACCAGUAAUGUUAGAGGCUGAAAGCAGUCAGCUGACACUCUCAGCCAAUCAAAACCGCCCACUUCUGCUCAAGCUAGUGUGUCCUAAUAUCUCCCAACUUUUCAAGUGGACAAAGAGGGACACUUUAAUUUUAGGGGUGUGAGUGGAGCUGUGGCCAGGAACGGGGCAGUUGUGAGACAUUUUAUGUGACUUACUACUAUCAAUUUAUUCAACUAAAACAUAAUUUAGAACAAGAACCAUGUAUCUCACUUACACAGACUGAUUUCUAAAACAUCUAUUGUAACUGAAAGACACAUUACAGAGAGUAUUAUUGCUGCAGAGCUCUAUUAAACACUCAGACACACCAACAAUAUGGAGCUCCCAAAAAAGAGGGACAUUAGGAUUAAAAAAAAAAGGGACAGAGGAAUUUAGGGCCCACAAUAGGGACUGUCCCUUCUAAACACUUUGGAGGUGUACUUCCUCCUUAGAUCAAGCAGCACAAAAGGGAUGGGCUGCUGUGGACUCUAGUUUAGCAUUAAAAUGUUAAAGAUGGUUUAACACUGAAUAGAAGGACGGCACCAGGGAGAGUCUGGACACUUCAAUAAGAUAAAGUUGUUACAGUCCCUCCAGUGCCCCUUUAAACUCAGCUGUGAUCUUGGCCACAAUGCAGAAUCCCCUCAAUAUUCUCUGCACCACUUACUUGACAAGGACUCCUUAUUGUCCGCUUCCAGUGCUUCAAAAUCAAAGGCUUUCCCCAUUUCUGUAACAAUCUCAGCGCUGAUGUGCGUGGGCAUUGUGUGGGUCUCUGGCGGGUGAGUAAAAUAACUUAUUUUACCACUGAAGAGAGAGGAAAAGCAGAGAAGAAAAAAAAUGCAUCAAAGAUCGAAGCAAAUUAUACCAAAAUUUAUAACAUUUAAUAAUAAUAAAAAAAAAAGUCUUUAAAUUUUCAUUGAUAUAAAACACUAUUAAAAAUUAGUUGAAAGAGACUCUUUGAAAAAUAAAAAUCUUUGGCCGGUUGUAAAGGAACACUCUGGGAAUCAUAACAAAUUAAUUGGAAUAAAGUUGUUACGGUUCCUGGUACCAGCUUACCUUCAGCUUCUGUUCAAGGCUUGAAUCAGGAAGCCUCUUACGUGGGCACUGCUAAUAGGCUGGGAGUGUGAGCUGACAAUCUCAGCCUAUGAGAGCUAACUGGCACUGAAUACAAUACUUUGCAGUUAAACCGUAUGUUAUUGGUUUAACCCCGUAACGUAAGCUGGUGUCCUGGUUUUGUUUUUUUACACGAACUAUGAAAUAUUGUUUGCAUGUUGUUCCCACUUUACGACACACCCCUACCUCAUUUUUAUAUUAAAACACUUACCUAACCCAGUCUGUUAGCACAGAUUUGGCCGCCUUGUCAUGGUCUGGUGUCCCCCCUUUCUUCAACUUUCCUUGCCGUUUAGCAAGCAUGGCUAAGAAUUCCAGGGUAUCUCUAAAAUCUGUCACCUUGUAGUGUUGUAAGAUCUGUAAGAAGAUAUUUACAAGGCUAGAACAAAGCUAUUUGAAACUCUAGACCUAGUGUGUCUUAAACCAGUACUCAAGAGCCACGGUAUUUAGGGACUGCCCAUAUCCACUGCACUGAAUAUAGUGACAGACCCUCAACCAUUGAAGAUCCUUGGAGUCUGGCUUAAAAGCCAAUCUGUUAAACUAUAAAUGCAAUAUACUCAUGUUUGUAAAUUGAGUCCGAUGAGGAUUCUACAGUCAAAAGAAUCUGUUCAUCUAAAUCACAGAUAUUCUAGGGCAUUUACCAACCGGAAGUUGGCAUGGACAACAUUUUAGGCCAGUCCCGUCUCUGCAGAAGGCUGCAGCUGGAGCGAUUUCAUGCUAUCCUAUACUUUUGGAUGGACACUAUGUGACCACGGAUUAUGUAAAAGUUCUUUUGAAGUAAUUUUUGUUUCAUUAGUGAAAACUUCCUAGACCCCUGAAUUUUGGAUAGUCAUAUUUUACCUGCUCCUUGUUGCAACGUCUCAAUAUGGCCUCCACUGGCCCUACAGGGUCCAUAAGUUGCUCUAUCUUCACACAGUUACGCAGGAUCAUGGCUGCAUCUGACGUGGUAGUAGCCAUGACUAUUCCUGGACAGUCCAGGAGUUUGAUGUGUUUGUCCAAAUGAACCUCCUGUAGGCACCUAAGUUAGAUGGAAGAGUUGCAUGUAUCAGUCAAUCCUACACUGAACACUACAUAAUAAAGUUCUUAGGGUCUUCAAGCUCAUUUUAAGAAAAACAAGACAACCUAAAUUGGGGUUGGUGAGUAGAGUGAAAUAGAGACAUAGAUGGAACCAGAGACUAUGUAGAGUUCUGUGAUGACACCAGUUAAAGAUUCUCCAACUGUCGGACUACAAGCCCUAUUACCUACAGAGGUAGGCAGCCUUUGGUACUCCAGAUGUUGUGGACUACAGCUCACAUAAUGCUCUUACAGCCUUAAUGCUGGCAAAGCAUCAGUAAAGGAGGAUGGUAUAUUUAAAAGAAGUAUAGUAUACCUGCCCAUUCACCCCUGAGCCCGAACGUCAUCCAAUGUAUCAAGUGGUUCAUGGAUUGCGGGAUAAAACUUACCAGGAAAGGUUAAAGGAUCUUAACAUGUAUAGCUUGGAGGAAAGACGAGACAGGGGGGAUAUGAUAGAAACAUUUAAAUACAUAAAGGGAAUCAACACAGUAAAGGAGGAGACUAUAUUUAAAAGAAGAAUAACUACCACAACAAGAGGACAUAGCCUUAAAUUAGAGGGACAAAGUUUUAAAAAUAAUAUCAGGAAGUAUUACUUUACUGAGAGGGUAGUGGAUGCUUGGGAUAGGCUUCCAGCUGAAGUGGAAGAGGUUAACACAGUAAAGGAAUUAAAUCAUGCAUGGGAUAGGCAUAAGGCUAUCCUAACUAUAAGAUAAGGCUAGAGACUAAUGAAAGUAUUUAGAAAACUGGGCAGACUAGAUGGGCCGAAUGGUUCUUAUCUGCCGUCACAUUCUAUGUUUCUAUUAGGGGAGAGUUCAGAAGGUUGCCUACCCCUUCCUGAGUAAGUAAUAACAUUUGCAUGUUUUCUGAUCUUCAUGAUGGAUAAUGGAGUAUUAAUAAUGUCAAGCUCAAAACUUACUUGGUUACCCCAGGUGUGGCUCCCACGUUGCAGGCACGCGCCCUCUUCAGACUGUUUAUCAAACUGCUCUUCCCCACAUUUGGAAACCCUGUAAGAGAAGACAAAUUGAACUAUGUAUGUAAAGGGUAUAUAAAAUUGCCCAUUACACAGAUAUUAAAAUAUAACAAAUAACUACCAUAUGUGUUUAAAUACAUUCAAUCCACAAUUCUUUAUUUUUUUUACAGAUGGCGGUACAAUCAAACAAGAAAGGAAGAGAAGGUGAGAAAAAACAGGCGGAAAAGGGGGAAGAGACUCCUUGAGUCCCGAACAGAACGUCAUGUGUCAGAAAUGAGAGAGACUAGAGUAUCUCUGUGACACUGGAUUCCUAGUCAUUGAUCCCAG